AUGGCCACCACCCGCCGGCUCAUCACGACAGCAGCGCCCGUGCUUCUGCGAAACACGGCUUGGCCGGCUCCCGCUGCGGCAUGCAGGGCCAUCUGCAGCUCUGCAUCGUCUCAUUGCGCACGGAAUAUCCCCGGACACCGGCAGGCCGUCUCUGCCCGAUUCGCCGCCGAGAGACGGUGGUUCUCUGCGGGCCGUGAGGAUGCUGUGCCAGGAAGCAGGAUUUGGUCGUUUGACGAGGUUAAGCAACUGGUCGAUGGGAAGCGCGCGUCUGAGAAUAUCGUCAUUGUUGAUGUUCGUGAACCGGCCGAACUGCAAACUACCGGCAAGAUUCCCGGUGCUAUAAAUAUCCCCGUCACAUCGGCCGUGCAAAGCUUCCAUAUCUCCGACGCUGACUUUGAGGAUGUACAUGGGUUUGAGAGACCCUCGCGCGACAAGACGCUUUUGUUCUAUUGCAAGGCCGGCGUGAGGGCCAAGUCGGCGGCGGGGCUGGCGAAGCACGCUGGGUGGGAGAAUGUAGGUGAAUAUUCAGGGAGCUGGCUGGACUGGGAGGCGCAGAAGGGUCCUGUUGAGAGGGUGAAGAGUGGCAAGGGGCUCGGACAAAAUUGA